AUGAGCAACGCAGCCGUGACUCCAGAGAUGCGACCAAACGGCUGGAACGUCCAGCUCCUUUUCGGGGAUAGCAACGUUCCUGCCGAUGGUCUCUUCAAGGGGGCAAAGGUUUCUUUCGCUGGCGUCUUCCAGGCGGCAAAGAAUACUUCCCUCACCUUCCGCGACGUUGUUGACGAGCUGCGGCUGUCUUUUGAGUUCCCACAUGAGAGCUCAGAACUAUGGGGGCAAGUUGCCUUUGGCCUUGCGGCAAUGUUGAACGUGACUGAGGAUGAAUGUCCCGCCCCCACGUUCAUCCAUGGCGAUGGGCUGCGUCAAACAGUUCCCGCCCUUCCUACACAACGGCCGAGAGCUCCGAACGACCGUGCAAUUCUCCAGUACCUUGUUUUUAGGCACGGCGCUUGCAACGUGACAGCUGAUAAGCCACUGAAGUCUCAUUUUGAGGAAGGAUGCGCGCAGCACAUUUCUAAGCCUGAAAGGCGACUAGAUCCGCGCUAUUUACCUCCGAAGAGGCCCUCAAAAAACCCUCACUAUUUGAAUUAUCCGCUCCGUAAAACAAUUCGCGCCCGGAAGCCUUCUCCCACGAAGCGAUCAGCAUCUGGUUCUGUAUCACUGUCGAUGGAUCAGGAUCUGGACCAGGUUGAUGAGGACUCCGAGAAUAUAAUAGCACCUGUGGACUGCAACAUCGACGCCGUCCUAGCCCGAUCGACCAUGAACAAAUUUCGCAACGUUUGCCUCCACGAUGCCGAGCAAUGUGUCGUCACUGGUAUGGGAGGGGGGUGGUGUACCACCCCAAGCGUUGGUCCUGGACUGCAGGCGUGCCAUAUCGUGUCCCAGCUACAUUAUCAUACAUACAUGCCCUACCCCCCACGAAGCAAUGCCAGCGAAAGCCAGGGUUAUAAUGCGGGGCAGUUAAGGGACGCCUGGGAGCGCACUUGGUCGCAACAGAAUAGCAUCCCUCUACUCAGCCAUCUCCACGAAAUGUUCGACCAGCGGCUCUUUUCAAUACACCCGGAUACCCUCCGUAUCCGUGCUUUUAUGCCCUACGACGUCGUCGUCGCCUAUCAUGGCCGUACGGCUAAUAUAUCGCCCAUGGUGGAUAGGGACGCACUACGCCAUCACUACGACAUGUGCUGCAUCGAGAACAUGGCCGCAAAGAUAUCCUUUCAGGAGCCCGGGACGACUGCGGCAACAUCGGGUGUUAGUACUCCGUUGGAACUUCGAACAGUGAGACUUGGCGGCGCUGCAGACCCGAGGAUACUUGAUUCGCCCUCUGAGCAGAACGAGGACCAAGACGGAGCUUCUGGUGGUGGUGGUGGUGGUGGUGACCCCUCUAAACGGGCGCGGAGGACUGGGAGACAGGCUAACGAUAGUUAUAUCACGCCUGACAACAGUGAAUGGUUCUUGGAAAGUGUUAACUGGAGUCUAAUAAGAUAG